AUGGGACAUCAGGUGAUAAUAUUUGACUUUUCUCUCAUAAGAGGACUGUGGGAAAGUCGAGUUAAGAAGAGUAAAGAACGUCAAAGGAAGGAGAAAGAAAGAUUAGAAAAGAGCUCGUUAGAGCGGAUAAAACAGGAAUGGAACUUCAUACUAGAGUGUCGGAAGAAGGGUAUCCCACAAUCAAAAUACCUCAAAAAUGGCUUUGUGAACACUGAUGAGAAGAUCUUGGAUAAGUAUGGAAAGAUUCCUCAGGUCCAUAAGAAGCGUGCUUUGGCAGAUGAAAUAGAGAAGGAAAGAAGCAAGUUUGUUUUUCAGCUUUCUGGAGAGCAGUGGACGGAAUUCCCAGGUUCACUGAAAGAACAGACAUAUCUGAAAGAAUUGCAUGUGAGCAACACAUUGAUACAAACCAUUCCAGCCUACAUUGCCUUGUUUCAGGAUCUGAGAAUACUGGAACUGCCAAAAAAUCAAAUCACCCAUCUCCCAGUGGAAAUUGGUAUGUUGGAUAAUUUAAAAGCUAGAAACUAUGGAUUUCAUUAUUUGAAGUCAGUCCCUCCGGAACUGGGUGACUGUGAGAAUCUGGAAAAGCUGGAUUUGUCUGGAAAUCUGGAAAUAACAGAGCUCCCAUUUGAAUUAAGCAACCUGAAGCAAGUCACAGUUGUGGAUGUGUCAGCAAACAAGUUCCCUUCUAUUCCAAUUUGUGUACUCCGGAUGCCUAAUUUGCAGUGGUUGGAUAUGAGCAGCAACAACCUGAAAGAUCUUCCACAAGACAUAGACAGGUUAGAUCAACUGCAGACACUUCUCCUACAGAAAAACAAGUUGACUUAUCUUCCCCGAGCCCUGGUCAAUAUGCCAAAACUCAAUUUAUUAGUUGUCAGUGGUGAUGACUUGGUUGAAAUACCCACAGCCAUUUGUGAGUCAACCACUGGUUUAAAAUUUGUAAGUCUCAAAGAUAGCCCUGUUGAAACUAUUGUUUGUGAAGACACUGAAGAAAUUAUAGAAAGUGAACGUGAACGGGAGCAAUUUGAGAAAGAAUUUAUGAAAGCCUAUAUUGAAGACCUAAAGGAAAGAGAUUCUGCUCCUUCUUACACUACAAAAGUAUUAUUCAGUCUUCAACUCUGAAGAUC